AUGGCCGAAGACACACCAAUGCUCGAUGUCGAGGCGGUCAGGGAGAAUACGCUCAUGUACGGCCAUGACGAUGAACUCGACGACAAGUACCCUACACGCCCGAUAAACCUCCAUAAAACACUUCCCUUCCAUACUCUCUUCACGGAGCUAUUCAAUCCGCUCAUGGAAACACAGAAAAGGAAGCAGCCCGUGGGAGCUCGUCGAAGAGUUGGCCCCCAUGGACACUCUAACAUGUCACCUCAUGAGGCGAAACGCAACAUCAUCGAGAGAUUCAUCGCGAGUUGGCGGAAGCAAGUCGGCAAUGACUUCUACCCUGCGAUGCGUCUGAUCGUCCCUGAAAAAGACAGAGAUCGAGCCAUGUACGGUCUGAAAGAGAAGGCAAUCGCCAAGAUAUUGAUCAAGGUCACAAGAAUUGACCAAAACUCCGACGACGCCAAACACAUGCUAAACUGGAAGCUACCCGGUCAACUCAGCAAAUCUUCGACUUCGACAGCAGGCGACUUUGCUGGGCGAUGUUAUGAGAUCUUGGCCUCACGUCAGCUCAAAACUGAGUACAGCGAUAUGAGCAUUGCUGAGGUCAACAACGCCCUGGAUAAGUUGUCGCAGAUUGGUGCCGAAGACGAACAAGUCAAGAUCUUUCAGCGGUUCUAUCGGAGGAUGAACGCCGAGGAGAUGACCUGGCUCAUUCGCAUGGUCCUUCGUCAGAUGAAGAUUGGAGCGACUGAGAAGACCUUCUUAGACAUCUGGCAUCCAGAUGCAGAGACUUUGUUCAACAUCUCGUCAAACCUUCGACGAGUAUGUUGGGAACUGUUCGACCCUGAAAUUCGGCUGGCAGGCGAAGAUACUGGGUUGAGCUUGAUGCAAUGCUUCCAGCCACAGCUAGCUCAGUUUCAGGAUAAAGUAGGUAACUUUGAGAAGCUGGUCGCCAGAUUCCAAGGAAAUACGGAUGACGAUACAUUUUGGAUUGAAGAGAAGCUUGAUGGAGAACGUAUGCAGCUCCACAUGAUCGAGGAUCCUGACGCACCAGGCGGUAGACUUUUCGGUUUCUGGUCGCGGAAGGCCAAAGACUACGCAUACCUCUACGGUAGACACUUCCAAGGCGAUGAAGCCGGUGCACUUACACGAUUCAUAACAGACGCGUUCGGAAAAAAUGUGCGGAACAUCAUUCUUGAUGGUGAGAUGAUCACCUGGGAUAUGGAUCGAGAUCAUAUUGUUGGCUUUGGUACUCUCAAGACCGCAGCCAUAUCUGAGAAAGAAAACAAAACAGACAAAAACAUUGGCCAGCGGCCGCUCUUCAGGGUGUUCGACUGCGUAUAUCUGAACGACAAACUACUCACACAAUACACGCUACGUGAUCGCCGUCUUGCCCUUGAGAGUGCCGUCAAAGGCGUACAUCGUCGUCUGGAAAUACACCCGUACAUCGAGGCGCGCUCGCAUACUGAGAUCGAACCAGCACUGCGGAAGGUGGUCGCCGAUUCCUCCGAGGGUCUGGUCUUGAAGAACCCACGUUCCAUGUACUGCCUCAAUCAACGUAACAAUGAUUGGAUGAAAGUCAAGCCAGAAUAUAUGUCAGAAUUCGGCGAGUCGCUCGACUGCAUAGUUGUCGGCGGGUACUUUGGCUCCGGACAUCGUGGUGGCGCUCACUCGUCCUUCCUUUGCGCAUUGCUUACGAACAAGGACGCAAAGAAGGGCAACCCGAAGUACCAACAUUGUUGGUCAUUCUUCAAGGUCGGAGGUGGGUUCACUCGCGAAGACUAUGCUGAUGUACGAGGCCGAACGGAAGGCAAGUGGCACGAUUGGGAUCCUCGACGGCCGCCACCAUUCAUUGAACUGGGCGGUCAUGAACAAAAUCGGCAACACGAGCGGCCAGACCAAUGGAUCAGACCCAGCGAUUCCGUCGUGCUCGAAUGUAAGGCAGCAAGUGUGGAGAGCAGCGAUAAAUUUCGCUUCUCCCUAACGCUUCGCUUUCCUCGCUUCAAGCAACUCAAAAAGGACAAACGCUGGGAUCAGGCUCUCUCAGUACAAGAGUUCUUGGAAGUGAAGAGCAGGGCGGAAAUGGAGAAGUCUGAGAAGGAGAAAGAAUUCAAGAUCGAGCAAUCACGCAGGAAGAAGGCGAGGACAUCAAAGAAGCCGCUGACCGUGGUCGGCAACGAUACCGUUACCACACCGUAUGCAGGUCCAGCGUCGAAAGUAUUCGAGGGUCUGAACUUCUUUAUAAUGACCGAGCAGAUCCAUCCAACGAAGAAAUCAAAAGCUGAUUUAGAGGCACUGGUAAAAGCCAAUGGUGGCAAGAUUGUGCAGCGCGAUUCGACGGGCAAAGACCUCGUUAUCGUAGCGGACAAGAGACUGAUAAAAGUUGCAUCACUCGAGAAACGCGCGACGAACAACAUCGUCAAGCCUGUCUGGAUCCAGGACUGUAUCAAACAGAACGAGAUAGAUGGUGCUCCUCUGCCAUAUCUGCUCCCUUUCGAGCCAAACAGACAUAUGUUCUACCUUCACGAUGACGACCAACUUGACUUUGAGAACAACGUCGAUAAGCACGGCGACUCGUAUGCGCGCGACCUUGGAGAUGUCGAUGAAAUGCGAAAGCUGUUAGCGGGUGUAGUGGCAGAGCCAGAUGAAACCCGGGCGUUUAAACAAGAAAGAUUUCUAGAUCAACUGGAAGAUCAUGGGGAGUCGUUCGCGCAUCUUAAGACACAUAUUUUUGGUGCAGUGAAGGCUGCUUUUCAAAGUGACCCCGAAGAUUCAGUGGGAGUGGUUAGAGUACAAUUAGCGAAGAACUACAUCCGUUUUGGUGGCGGUGUAAUAGCUGAUAGUAUACACAAGGAAGGACUCACGCACGUCAUUGUGCUCGAAGAACGGUCUUCGACAGAUAGCGGAAAAGCCAAGGUCACGGCACUAGCUAGAACAGUGGGUGUCGCGUGGGUAGAAAAGUGCUGGGAAGCAGGUACUAUGGUGGAUGAGGAGAGGUUUCAGUGGGGUUGA